CUGGGACUCAGAGCAUUAAGUGACUUGGACCAACUUUUUCUUUUAGUUCUUGGGGGUUUAGGAGUCGACUUGGUGACGGAAAGCCGCGCAGAAGCUCGGGGCUGAGAACAGUAGCAGCCGUCAGCAUGGCUGGAUCUUUACCCUUCUACCAGAAGCAUCACCGCCACUAUGACCGCAGCUACCGCAACCGGGACGCCGAGUCCACCCUCAGCCAUUACCAGUCCAGCAGCAGGUAUGCGGCUGGCAGCAGCAGCUCAAGCAGGAGUCGGGGGCUGGAAGUGUCCUCCUCAUCUGCACUAGACCUCAACAGAUUGAGCCCUUUAUCCAAACGAGCCAAGCCCACAUACUUGGCCGUGGACACGGAGAACCAAAUCAUCGGCUACGUGGUGCCACUCUUCAGGAGCAGUCCGGACUUUGCGUCUGGAUUUUUGGAUACGCACGAGAGACGUUUGGAUAGGGCGAGGGACGCUUCUGGACACAUGGCCCACACGGACCUGUUCACCAGCAACAUAGAGAUGGAGAGGUCUGAGCAGAUCUCCAGGAAGGAAGUCAUGAGAGAGACAGCGGAGCGCAUCACCCUCAACAAAACGAUCCACGAGCACGAGGAGCACAACAAGCGAAUGAAUGAAGACAGCCUGAUGCACGCACCAGAGUUUGUGAUCAAACCUCGCUCCCAUACCGUCUGGGAGAAGCAAUGUGUGCGGCUGCACUGCACCGUCAGCGGCUGGCCGGACCCAAGAGUCGUCUGGUACAAAAACAACGUGACUAUUGACCCUCAUGCUAACCCUGGCAAGUACAAAAUUGAGAGCCGCUACAGCGUGCACUCGCUGGAGAUUAGCAAAUGUGAAUUUGAUGACACUGCCCAGUAUCGCGUCUCGGCCAUGAACGCCAAGGGAGAGCAGUCUGCGUUCGCCUCGGUGGUCGUGAAAAGGUUCAAAGGUGAAGUUGAUGAGUCUCUGCCAUCGCCCAGACUUGGCCCAGUCUCUGAGUACGGCGUCAACUUCAAGAUCCACAUUGUUGAUAAGUUUGGGGUGUCGUUUGGGAGAGAGGGUGAGACGAUGAGCCUGGGGUGUACCGUCAUCAUCUACCCGGCCCUACACCGCUACCAGCCCGAGGUGCAGUGGUACAGAGAUGAUGUUCUUCUGAGUGCUUCUAAAUGGACCAACAUGCACUGGAGCGGCGACCGUGCCACGCUGACGCUCACACACCUGAACAAGGAGGAUGAGGGGCUGUACACGCUACGUGUCUCCACCAAGUCUGGAUAUGAAACCUACUCUGCCUAUGUCUUCGUCAGAGAUGCCGAGGCAGAAGUGGAAGGAGCUCCGGGUGCUCCUCUGGAUGUCUGCUGUCUGGAUGCCAACAAAGAUUACAUCAUUGUGUCCUGGAAGCAGCCGGCAGUGGACCGUGGAAGCGCCAUCCUGGGUUAUUUUGUGGACAGGUGUGAGGUGGGAACCAACCACUGGAUCCAGUGCAAUGACACUCCGGUCAAAUUUGCCCGCUUCCCUGUCACUGGACUGGUGGAGGGUCGGUCUUACUUCUUCAGAGUGCGCUCGGUCAACAGCUGGGGCAUGAGCCGCCCGUCCAGGGUGUCCGAGCCGGUGGCUGCCAUGGACCCGGCAGACCGGGCCCGCAUCAGAGGCACUUCCGCUCCCUGGACUGGUCAGAUCAUUGUCACCGAGGAGGAGCCUGCAGAGGGCGUUGUCCCGGGGAGACCUUGUGAACUGCAGGUCACAGAGGCCACCAAAAACUACUUGGUGCUGAGCUGGAAGCCACCCGGAGAAAGGGGUCUUGAGGGUGUCAUGUAUUAUGUGGAGAAGUGUGUCGCUGGCACCGACAGCUGGCAGAGGGUGAACACUGAGAUCCCGGUCAAAUCUCCUCGCUUUGCAUUGUUUGAUCUGGCUGAGGGUAAAUCCUACUGCUUCCGUGUUCGCUGCUGCAACGCUGCUGGAGUCGGGGAACCCUCUGAUCCCACAGAGGCCACCACAGUUGGCGACAAGCUUGAUACUCCGUCCGCUCCCAGCAAAGUUGUUCCCACCAGGAACACCGACACGUCGGUGGUGGUUUCUUGGGAGGCUUCCGCUGAUGCCAAAGAGUUGGUGGGCUACUACAUCGAGUGCAGCGUGGUGGGCAGCAACGUCUGGGAGCCGUGCAACAACAAGCCUGUCAAUGUUACUAGGUUCAUCUGCCACGGUCUGAUCACAGGGGAGCAGUACAUCUUCAGGGUGCGGGCGGUCAACGCUGCUGGACUCAGCCAGUUCUCUCCGGAGUCAGAGGCCGUGUUGGUGAAGGCUGCUAUUGGGGGCGGCAUCCCUCACGGUGUGUUGCCGGAGAUGGGGGGUAACGUGGGCCAACUAACCGAGCACAGGCCACACUGGACGGGCACGCAUGCGACUGUCCAGCCUCCUGCUGACACUCAGAACAAAGCUCAGGCUGACACUGCAGCCAGGCCGGGCCCCGGGGCCGCUCGCUCAGGCAAAAAGCCCGGGGCCCCUUACCUGGCUAAAGACCUGGUCUCAGAGUCCGUGUCAGACUCGGUUUGUGAGUCACUUACUGACAUAGGCACGAGAGCGCACGUAGAGCCGGCCCGUGCCGAGGCUCAGGUAGUGCACACUGAGCCUGGGGGCGGACCAGCAUGCGAGAUCUCUGUAGAUGCUUCUGCUAGUGCGGACUCAGCCCGGCCCAGGAGAGACUCAGCAGCCUCCCCUGCACCGCCUCAUGCCAUCAGCGUGCUGGAGUGCGUGCGGGACUCCAUGGUGCUGGCCUGGAAACAGCCCGCCUUCAUCGGAGGCGCAGACAUCACCGGAUACUUUGUGGAUUACCGCGAGGUCGUCGAUGGAGUGCCAGGGAAGUGGCGUGAGGCCAACGUCAAGGCGGUCAGCGAGCGAGCCUACAGAGUGUCAGACCUGAAGGAGAAAAGGAAGUAUCAGUUCCAGGUCAGAGCCGCCAACAUGGCCGGCGUCGGAGUCCCAUCCCUGCCCAGUGACAUCUUCCUGUGCGAGGAGUGGACCAUUGCUGUUCCAGGACCUCCUCAUGAUCUCCAGAUUAGAGAAGCGCGAAGCGAUUCUGUGGUGUUGCUAUGGAAACCGCCAGUCUAUCAGGGUCGCGACCCCGUCAAUGGCUUCUAUGUUGACAUCAAAGAGAUGGAAGCCCCUGAAGAAGCCUGGCGAGGAGUCAACAGGAAAGCCAACGAGACCACUUACAUCAAGAUCCGGGAUCUGAAGGAAGGAGAGACGUACGUGUUCCGUGUGCGCGCUCAGAACCAAGCCGGGGUCGGCAGGCCCUCUGAGGUCAGCGAGGAGGUCCAGGCUGUGACCAAGCCAGGCACCAAGGAGAUCGCGGUGGAAGUUGAUGACGACGGAGUCAUCUCUCUGAACUUUGAAUGCAGCGACCUGACCCCUGACUCUAAAUUCGUGUGGUCCAAGAAUUAUGAAGAAUUCACCGACUCCUCUCGCCUCACCGUGGAGACCAAAGGGAACAAGUCCAAAGCCAUGUUCAACUGCCCAGGAGAGGAGGAUAUUGGCAUUUACUCUUGCUUCAUCACCCACACGGAUGGAGCUUCGUCCAGCUACACUCUGUCUGAGGAGGAGUUGAAGAAGCUGCUGGAGAUCAGUCAUGACCACAAGUUCCCCAUUAUCCCGCUGAAGUCACAGCUGGCCGUGGAGCUGCUGGAGAAGGGCAGAGUUCGCUUCUGGCUGCAGGCGGAGGCCAUGUCGGCCAACGGCAAAGUGGACUACGUGUUCAACGACAACUCUCUGUCCCAGGGGGAGAAGUACAAGAUGAACUUUGACAAAAACACGGGUGUGAUCGAGAUGAUCAUGGAGUCGCUGACUCCUGCAGACGAGGGAACCUUCACCUUCCAGCUGCAGGAUGGGAAAGCUACGAACCAGUCCAGCCUGGUUCUGAUCGGCGAUGUGUUCAAAGAGCUCCAGAAGGAAUCAGAGUUCCAGAGAAAGGAGUGGUUCAGGAAACAAGGUCCACACUUCAUAGAGUAUUUGGGCUACGAGGUGACGCCUGAAUGUUGCGUGAUUCUGAAAUGCAAAGUGGGAAACAUGAAGAAGGAAACCUCUGCGCUCUGGUACAAAGACGGACAUGAGAUCAAGGCUGAUAACAAUUUGGGCUUCUCUGAGGGAGUGUUGAAGCUGGAGAUAGCUCAGAUUUCCAAAAAGGACGCCGGCGUGUAUGAAGUUGUUCUGAAGGACGACAGAGGGAAAGACACGUCCACUCUGAACUUGACUGAUCAAGGUUUUAAAGAUUUGAUGAAUGAAGUCUUCGGCUUCAUCGCCAAUUCAUCCACACCACUGAAGAUCACAAGUACAGAGAAAGGAAUUCGACUGUAUACUUUCGUCAGCUACUACAACGAUCUGCUCCAAGUCACAUGGCAUUACAAAGACUCGGCCAUCUCCUUCUCUGACCGCAUCAAGAGCGGUGUGGUGGGCGAGCAACUCUGGCUGCAGAUCAGCGAGCCCACGGAGAAGGACAUGGGCAAGUAUGCCAUCGAGUUCAACGACGGAAAAGGAGGCCUGAGGAGGACGGUGGAGCUGUCGGGUCAAGCCUUUGAUGAUGCGUUUGCAGAAUUCCAGAGACUGAAGGCUGCCGCCAUUGCUGAGAGAAGCCGUGCCCGAGUAGCUGGAGGCCUUCCUGACGUGGUGACCAUUCAGGAAGGAAAGGCCCUCAACCUCACCUGCAAUAUUUCGGGAGACCCCGUACCAGAGGUCACCUGGCUGAAAAACGACAAGGAGAUCACGUCCGACGAUCACUGCAUCCUCAAGUUCGAGUCGGGCAAGUUCGCCAGCUUCACCAUCACCGGCGUCAACACGUCCGACACCGGCAAGUACAGCAUCCUGGUGAAGAACAAGUACGGCACGGAGAGCGGAGACUUCACCGUAAGUGUCUUCAUCCCCGACGAAGCCAGCGGCAAGAAAAAAUAAACGCGGGCCAAAAACAGAAAUAAAAACACUGGAGAGAGAGAGUUAAAAAAAAACUUGAGAUGAUUGAACUUUCUUGGUGCUCAGACAAAUUCUGGUGGUGUUUUUUUUUUUUUUGUGAAUGUAUUUCGGUCCUGUUGAAUGUAGGAGACUGAACCGAAGAGGUUUUUCCUUCAGCGGAGAAGCUUCCUGAGAGAAAUAGAGCCAAACUUUGACUGCAUUUUUAGGCGGACAGCCAAAGAAAUCCAUCGUCAGUAGGUAGUGGAGGAUCACAGAAAAUACAUGACCCAUAAAGUUAUUUAUUAGAGAGGAGAUACUGCACUCAAAGAGGCCCUGAACUGUUCAAAGAUAAUAGAUCACAUGACCGCAUCAUGUCUGAAUUUGAGGGAUUUUUAAAGCUUUACAUUAUUAUUGUGACUGGUAAUGGUUGUUUUUAGAGGUCAGACAUCAGAGAAGCUGCGUGAGAUAACAGUCUCCUGAAUGUCACUGUCAUUACUCCAUAAGUCGUGCAUGUGUUCAACAUGUGAUGCACCUUUUCACCGGUUUCCCUCCCCAUCUCAACCUUCCCUGCACUGUCAAUCAUGGUUUCUGUGAUCACUGUGAUGGGAGGUUUUCAGACCAACAUCACUCCCCUGUUUCCUGUCGAGACUAAUAAACAACAAGCAUGUGCAUCCCCA